AUGUGCCGUUAUUUGGUGGAACUGACUCUCAGAAGUAGCAUUGCUGGCUACAAAUAUCUUCCCCCAAUAUGCCCUUCGUUUAUAGCAUAUAUAACUAUACAUCCCAGGGACUUCUUGGGAUGCAGGAAUUUCAGUGCUAAAACUGGGACAGUUCAGGAAACCGGGAAGCGUUCCGGUGGUGCCCUUGCCAUUCCCCUCUGUGCAUUCCAGGGGACUGUGUCUCUCCAGGCGCCUACAGGGAAAACUUUAUCUCUUUCUACCUACGAGGUAAGCACAGAAGGGCAAAAAAUAACCCCAGCCUCUAAGAAAAUAGAAGUCUAUCGAUCCAAAAGUGUUGGCCAUGCACCAAACUCAGAAGAUUCUCCCUCCACAUUUGCGGACACCAGUGUGAAAAUACACCUGGAAGUUCUUGAAAUUUGCGAUAAUGAGGAGGCCUUGGACACUGUGUCAAUCAUUAGCAACAUCAGCCAGUCCUCCACACAAGUCAGAUCUCCAUCCCUACGCUACUCACGGAAAGAAAACAGAUUCGUUUCAUGUGAUUUAGGAGAAACAGCCUCAUACUCCCUCUUUUUACCCACGAGUAAUCCUGAUGGUGAUAUCAACAUCUCCAUUCCAGACACUGUGGAAGCACACAGGCGGAACAGUAAAAGGCAGCAUCAAGAAAGGGAUGGCUACCAGGAGGAAAUCCAGCUGUUAAAUAAAGCUUACAGGAAAAGAGAGGAAGAAAGCAAGCGUACUACUCAGUGAUCAUCUGCUCUCCCAGAAAUAAAAGUAGCUCUGCAACUUCAAACUGCCAAACCAACACCUUUGUUCCAGGACCGAUUUCCUUUUAUUUGUUGGUUUACAUAAGCUUUACUGAUUUACUAGUUAAUUAUUUUUUGUGCAAACAGCUGGAACUAGUGAAAACACUUAAGUGCAUUUGAUGUGUUACCUAAAGAUCACACACUGUGGUAAUUAAAAGAUUUUAUUUCUUAUCCAAUUUCUAAAAUAUCUU